AUGUUACGUCUGUUGAUAUUGUAAGUCUAUUAACAUUAUACCUAGUGAAGAACGACUCGGGCCGAUAAAUCAUUUGUUUGUACAAUUAAUUUCGCAAAUACUUUCAGAGCAUCCGUGUACGCUAUCGUAAACGCCAGUCUAAUACCUGACUCUCUAUUAAAAUAUCCUCGCAAUUUGCGGCGUUUGUUCGGGACUAACAAUAAGUCUGCCGUUGAAGCGAAGAAAACCGAGCGCGAAGUAUGUGAGACGGAAGAAUGCAAGCUGAUUGCGCAAGUAAUUAAGGAUAGCAUCGACGAGUCGGUAGACCCAUGUGAUGAUUUUUACGACUACGCCUGUGGUAACUGGACGAGAAGCAAUCCUCCUCCUGGAAAUAGGUCCGAAUGGAGCUUGUGGACUAUGGUAUCAGAGAAAAUUGACCGUCAAAUCGAAGACGCCAUAGAAAAAAGAGGGGUGGAACCACUGCUAUCCACCUUGUGGAGACACGGAGGAUGGCCACUUAUCAUGGAGAACGAAGAGUGGAACGACGACAUAUACAACUGGCAAAUAGUCGAUGACCAAUUUGCUCGUCUACUGGGAUACAACGCAUUCUACGAUUUACGUUACGAUAGCUUGACGUUCGAAGUCGACGACUCUACGAUAAUUGUACGAUCUACAAUUGAGAAAGGACAUCUGCCCGUUAUUACGAAUAACGUUUCUCCAAUGUUUCAGAUUUCAACGCCUCAUCUGCCAAUAGGUAUCUAUAAGCUUCUUCCGAACGAAGAAAUACCCAUUUUAGACAGCAGCGACGAGAACAACGAAAGUGGGGAGGGCAGUCAGGAAAAAGGAAGCAGGGAAAGAGGUCAACAAAAGCAGACUGAAGAGGAUGACGAGGGAGAGAAUGAAUCAGACGACGACUGGAACACUGCUGAAGAAGAUAAUGAAGAAGAGACGGAAGAGAAGAGAAAAAUUACUUUUAGAAAAUUAGGUCACGUUAAAAAGAAGAAGAUCAUGCAGAAACGUGUGGAUAAAGAGAGAUUGUCGAGAAGAGCUAGAAGGAAUGUCAUAAGCAAGAAAGCUGCCCACAGGCCACUGCUGAAACUAGAAAGAGCCAACAAACAUAAAAUGAAUAACGAUAAAGUUCGUCGCAACGCGAGAGGAAAGUUGCCAGAGUAUGGGCAUUCGUCACAUAGCAAAUUGAUUACGAAAAGACAUAACGCGAAAGAUGAAACGUCAAGGGAGCAUUUAAGAGUGAAAUUAAGCCACAAUAAGCGUGACGAGGAGGAAAAGGAGAUGAAGAGGAUGGAAAAAGAUCACGGAGAAAAAGAAGAAUUACGCAAGAAGAAAAUAACCUCCAGGAGGAAGAUUGCCAAGCAAUCAGAACAUAGCGGGAGGAAGCAUAAUAAGGACAAAUUAUCGAGGAAACAUAGCCACGGAAAGGAGAUGACGAAGAAAUUGCACAGAACUGGAAUGAAAGCAAAAGUUCAUGCCAGUGAAAAUCAUAAGCACCAGAAAAUUACCGAUCGCAGAAUUCAUCACGCUGCAAACAAGAUGAGCGUUUCGAAACGUAGGCAAACGUUCAACAGCACUGAAGAUACGGACGACAGUACGAAUACUAGCAAUGACGACGAUGAUAAUAAGGAUGAAGAUAGUGCUGAUAAUAACGAGGACGACGAAGAAAAUCGCGGAGACAACGACGAUGAAGAGAACAAUAAUGACGAUGAGGACGAUGAGAGUAAUGACGAAGAUGACGAGGACGACGAAGAGGAAAAGCUUGAGAAAUUAAGAGAAAGCUAUCGGGAAUAUAUAUUAAAUGUAUCAUUAAUACUCUCUAGAGAAAGAGGAGUUCAGGUACCGAAGGAGCGAAUUGUCCAAGAUAUCAAGGACCUGGUCGAGUUUAUCAUCAAGCUGGGGGAAAUCAAUUGGGCGAGAAAGGUGCAAAAGAUAUUUUCCGAGGCAGGAGUGGAACUCGACAACGACGUAGAAAUUACGAUAAUGUUUCCCAAAUAUAUAGACAAACUUCAUACGUUGCUCACAGAAACUCCGGGAAGAACGCUUGUAAAUUACGUUCACUGGUCAUUCAUUAACAAGAUAGUGAUAGCUGGACCAUCAGAGCUGAGAGAUUUAGGUGAACGAUGGAAUGGAAAAUUGCCAUUCGAUUCGAGGGUAGAGACAUGAUCGAUGACAUACAAAAGGAAGUCGAACAUCAGAUUAAAUCGUCAACGUGGAUGGACGAAGAUACUAGACACUUUGUCUUGGACAAAUUGGUGCACAUGAAGAACUGGAUUGGCUAUCCAGAUUGGUACCAAAACGCCACGCUCGCAAAGCGCUUCUUCCAAGGGCUCACGAUUGGUACCUCAUUCUACGAAAAUAUUCUGAGCUACAUCAGAUACAUUAGGUGGAAGGAUUUACGGAGAAUACUGCAUGACGAGAGUGACAACGUGAUGGAGUCAUCUUUACGACAAAGAUGGGAAUCAAAUGGAAUGGCUGACUGCAAUGGCACAGGCAUACGAUGAAAGGGCAAAAUGUUUCGUGGACCAAUACAACGGUUAUAGUAUCAUCAAGGGAGAAAAUUACACGAUCGAGAAUUAUGGCAAUCAAACCUCCGGUGAAAAUAUCGCGGAUACAAUGGGCUUGCAGACUGUGUUCAGAGCUCAUAAACGAAGGGAACGACAAUGUAAGAAGCAGGAUCCUGUCCUACCAGGGCUCGAACGAUUCAGCAAUGACCAACUUUUCUUCCUGUCAUCUGCAAACGUGAGUCUCUGCCUGCCACACUUUCCCAAUUAUAAUCAAUUUAAAUUUAAAUCCUUGUGGUGCGAAACAGUGGAAGAUAAAGAUAUCGUAAUGUCCAGCGCCAAAUACGACGUGCAUAGUACAGCACGUUUGAGGGUAAUUGGUCCGAUGUCAAACUCAGCAGAUUUCGCUAGAGCUUUCAAGUGCCCGGUAGGUAGUCCCAUGAAUCCUGAAAACAAA